CUGAUUUUACCGAUCAUGUGACCUACGUGUCUCCAAACAAAAUGUCUGCGCCCAUGACAAUUGUUGCUGUCAACUUAGUUUCUGGCCGCAGGCAUGCGGAAAAUAUCUGCAGAUAGCAAGAUACUAUGCAGCAAUGACGAAAGUUCUACAGUAAACAGUAAACAAUGAACCUGCACCUUGUAAGAAGGAAGUACAGAAUUCUAUCACUGGUUGCAGUGACUGGAACUAUAUUCUUAUGCUUCCAACUACUCUCAUUCAAAGUACUCAAUUUUACAAGUAGACAUGAUUCAAAGUAUCAGUCUAAACAGAGUGCAAAGGUUUUAGAUGAGUUUCCACCAGAGUCUAAUGUUGUUUAUGUAAAAGAUAAACAAAAAGACAAAGUUGAUAAACUGGAAGACAAGCAUAGAAAUAAGAAUGAAAUUCUAGAACUUGUAAGAGGCACUCACAUAUCACAAGUUGAGACCUAUAAAGCUGAUUCGAGUGGAAAUUUUCAGUGUGUUCAGUCAAAGAAGGUGAUACCGUUCUCCUCAGUUAAUGAUGAUUACUGUGACUGUGAUGAUGGUAGUGAUGAACCUGGGACCUCAGCUUGCCCAGAAUCAAGGUUUUACUGUACAUUUCAAAACCCAGAUAUAGAACCACAGCAUAUACUAGGGUCAAGGGUCAAUGAUGGUGUAUGUGACUGCUGUGAUGGUAGUGAUGAAUGGGGAGGCAUAUCAGUAUUCUCAGGGGUUCACCUGACAGACAAGAGGAUGAAGAGCAGUUUACAGCAUGCACCUUGUAAAGAUGAUUGUCAGGCUGUCCUGAAACUGAGCGAAGAAGAUGACAAAAUACGAGCACUUGGGAAGAAGCUGAAACUAGCAUAUAUAGAAAAGGGUCGUAGAAUCUCAAAGUCUGAGCAAUAUGGACCACAAGGUGUGUUCUAUAAACUGUCAACAGAGUGCUAUGAAUAUGACGCUCAUGAAUACAAGUACAAACUGUGUCCAUUCAAAUCUGUUAGUCAACAGGCAUUCCCCUCAGCAGCAAUAGAUCUGGGAAAAACGCCCGUAUGGAAAAUAAGAUUACCUGGUCAUUUUGUGUUGAAGAUGGACAAGGGGGACGCAUCUAGGUGUCCUAUGGGUAAACAUAGAAAUACUGUGAUUACAUUUAUAUGCGGCCUCACGGACAAAAUAGUCAAAGUUUCUGAGGAAGAAAAGUGUACAUAUUCUAUGAAGUUUUCCACACCAGCAGCCUGUUGAUGUAUCUCAACUUUAGGAUAACAAAAUGUGUAUUUGCUGUUGUGAGAAUUUAGUGAAUGUAAAAGAAUGAGGUAUCAGGGACAUUUUGUUCAAAUAUUAAAUUGCCAGCGAUUUAAAGACAAAUCAAAGGCAGAUUACAUUGGAUUUUCUAUAAUCUGUGAUAUUGCUACGUUCUACUGAUGUUUUGUGUAUUGCUGACUCACUGUAAAACUGCUGUCACUGGAAAUAAAUAAAGAACCAGAAACAGUUAUCUCAUACUGAGGUGACAACUUAAAUAUCAGAUGAAGUGUAGUUUUACAUUAUUUGAACAAUCGGGAGCAUUUGAGUGUGAUAGUGAAUAAUAUGAACCCAAUAAAUGUAAUGUCAACCAAGAGCUGACCAAGGUUAACAUUUUUGUCUAAAAGUUAACAGUAUAUCCACUGUUACCUCCAAGGACAAACUUCUUUCCUGUUUACCAUUUUGUCCAAGGUUAUUCAGCUAUUUGAGCAUUAACUGGUUUAUUGCUUUGUUUCGAGUUGGUCAGUAGCUGUUCAUAGCUCAUGUUUAAUGCAUUAUUUGUUUCUAACCGACUAUAAACUGGUUUAUAUUUUAUAUAUCUUGUAUGGUGGAUGUGUUUAAGAUUCCUUUUUU